GACAUUAAGAAAUGUAUGGGUUUGAAUGAAAGUGUGGAAGAUCUUGAAACACAAGUAAAUCAACUUGAAGAGCAGUUGUCCGAUUUGCAAACAAAGUUGACAAUUUUGGAACAAGGAAGUAAAAGGAGGAAGCAAGAAGUUGUUAGUUGGAUUAAGAAAGCAACAAAGCUGACAGAGGACUUUCCAACUUUAAAAGAAAGGACAAUACAGGGGCAAUGGUGGGAGAAGUAUUCAAGUAUAGAUCGUGUCAAAAAGAUGAGAGAAGCAGUUGAAGAUGUUAAGAAUGAUCUCAGAAAUAUUGGUGAACUUGUAGUGGAAGGAAGCACAAUACCUUCACUAGUUGAUAAAAAUAUGAAUGCUCUGAAAGGACAGGUUACUCAACUAUCUAGUCAAGCAAAAGACAUAGAAACAACGUUGAUGAACUUAGAACGAGGAGGGAAAAAGAAGAGGAAAUUGGAAGUCAAGGGUUGGCUUGAACAAGUAGAAAAGACGAAAAACAAGUUUGCAACAUUCAAUAUUGAAAGUAUAACAUCUUUAGAGGAUGUCCAAACCAUGAGAGAAGAAGUUAAAGAACUGAGAGAUGAUGGCAAAAAGUUUAGUGAACUUACAGUGGAUGUGGAUGAAAGCACAAUACCUUCACUAGAUGUCUCUCAGUUAUCUGGAAAGUCAUCUCAUGAUAAUUUAGAGAAAUUAUAUGGAUGGUUAGAGGAUGAUAAAGUCUUGAGCAUUGGUGUGUAUGGGAUGGGAGGUGUUGGGAAGACAACAUUGGUGAAACAUAUACAUGAUCAAAUCCUCCAAAAAAUGUCUCAUGUUAAUGUUUACUGGGUUACAGUUUCUCAAGAUUUUACCAUCAAAAAAUUGCAAGAUGAAAUUGCCAAAAUUACACGGCUUGAAUUUCUUGACAAGAUAGAAGAGCAGAGACCUGCCAUUUUACACCAACACUUAGUGACGAAUAAUGUUGUGCUCAUAUUGGAUGAUGUGUGGGACAAUAUUCCUUUGGAGAAAUUGGGUGUCCCCCUUAGGGUCAAGGGUUGCAAGCUCAUUUUAACUACUCGAUUGCGAGAUGUGUGCCGUAGGAUUGGAUGCCAAAAGUUUUUCCAAGUUAAUGUUCUUAAUGAGGAGGAAGGUUGGAAUUUGUUCAAAGAGAUUUUAAUACAAAAUGAUCAUACUGUGCUCACUGAUGAUAUUGAAAAACAUGCCAAAGAACUGGCCAAAAAGUGUGGGGGCUUACCAUUGGCACUCAACACUGUAGCCGCAAGCAUGCGAGGGGUGAAUGAUGAUCACACAUGGAGGAAUGCUAUUAAGAAUUUCCAAAAUGCUUCUCCUCAAUUGGAAGACUUGGAAAAGAAUGUGUUUGAAAUACUCAAAUUUAGCUACAACAGAUUGAAUGAUGAAAGGUGGAAAAAGUGUUUCCUUUAUUGUUGUUUGUAUAGUGAAGAUGAAGAGAUUAUCAAGGAUGAAGUAAUAAUGAAGUUGAUUGCAGAAGGGUUAUGUGAAGAUAGAGACGAGGGUCAUUCCAUAUUGAAUAAACUAGUAGACGUUUUCUUAUUGGAAGAGGGAGAAUGGUAUGUUAAGAUGCAUGAUUUGAUGAGAGACAUGGCUUUAAAGAUGUCAAAGUUCAUGGUUAAAUCUGAGGUCAUUGAAAAUCUAGAGCAGCAACCUUGGAUCCCUGAAUUGGAGAAAGUUUCUUUGGAUACUUCAAUAAAAGAAAUUCCAAAUGACUUUUCCCCCAGAUGCCAAAAUCUUUCAACCUUGAUUUUGGUAAGAAAUUGGUGGCUUAAAAGAAUACCUGAAACUUUCUUGUUGUACAUGACACAACUUCGAGUCCUUGAUUUAAGUGGAAAUACGAAUCUUAAGUUUCUUCCCAAUUCUAUCUCAAAUUUGGAGAAUCUUUGUGGAUUAUUUCUUCAGUGUUGUGAAAGGAUUAGUUGUUUGCCAAAAAUGGAGAAGCUGAAGGCAUUGAGGGUGUUAAAUAUUAGAGGUUGUUUUGGAAUUAGGGAAUUGCCUCAAGACAUGGAAUGUUUAGUGAGUCUCCAAUAUCUAUAUAUGAGGGGCACAAGCAAAUACUUGAAGAUUCCGAAAGGGGUAAUAGCCAAACUAAGAAAUCUUAGAUGCCUCCAUUUGGACUAUUCUGGGAGCGGGCUGCCGAGUGAAGAACUGAAUCGGUUACCACAUCUUCAAGGAUUUAAAAACAAAUAUUAUGAUUUGCGCAACUUCAACAGCACUACAUUGGUUAAAAAGCUUGAGCAACUGGAAUGGUAUGACAUAUGUGUAGGCAUGUGGGAUCGCAUAAAGUUGGAAGGUAAUAAGAGGAAUGUGUAUUUCGAGGAAAUGAGUUUUAUAGGGGAAAGAGGUCAAGUUUUGCUUCCUGCAAACAUUUGUGGUUUAAAAAUUGUAGACUGUGAAGGGUUGAAUGGGUGCUUAGCAGACAAUUUCCAAUCAAUGAGUAAUGUGAAAGAACUACAAGUAAGAGGUUGCAAGGAAGUAGAGUGGAUUUUCAACAAUGAACAAAUAUCAGAAAAGAUAUCCCAAAUUUUGCAGGAAUUUGUUGCUUCCAUGCAAUGUUAAGGGCAGUUUCUAGAAAAUGCAUAAGAUAGUUUUGUCUAAAAAGAUCAAGAUAAGGUGAAAGCUAAAUGAAGCAAAAGCAAGAGACAAGAAGCAUACCAGUUCUUUG